GAAGCUCAUCGACAUGGCCUGCAAGCUGAUCGUCCUCGCCGCCUUCGUGGCUGUGGCCCGCGCCGGCUACCUGGGUGCCCCCGCAGUCUACGCCCCCGGCGCCCCCAUCGCCGCCCGCGCCUACGCCGCCCCGGUGGCGUACGCCGCCCCAGCCCUUCGUGCUGCCCCUGUGGCAUACGCCGCCCCCGCCGUGAGAGCCGCCCCCGUCGCAGUCGCCGCCCCCGCCGCCGUGGCCGCUGAGUACGACCCCAACCCCCAGUACAGCUACGCCUACAGCGUGCAGGACGCACUCACCGGUGACUCCAAGAACCAGCAGGAGAGCCGCAGCGGAGACGUCGUCCAGGGCAGCUACAGCCUGGUCGAGCCCGACGGUUCCAUCCGCACCGUCGACUACACCGCCGACCCCGUCAACGGCUUCAACGCCGUCGUGCACAGGGAGGCCGCUGCCCACCCCGCCCCCGUCGUCGCCAAGGUGGCCGCCCCCGUCGCCUACGCCGCCCCCGCCAUCGCUAAGGUGGCCGCCCCCCUCGCCUACGCCGCUCCCGCCUAUGGCAAGGCCAUCCUGGGUUAAACAAAAUGUUCUUCUCCACAGCUCUAUUCUGACAAGAACGGCGCUUUACUAAAGUGUCAAUUGCAACUGUCAAGUGUUUGAAAUGUACAUAACACUUUCAUUUGUACUGCCAGUCGAAUUGUAUCCUUCACAAUUCAGUAACUAAGUUCCCGCCCCCUUCCUAUCCUUUCCAUUUUCUCAUGUGAAAAAACUCAAUCACUGUUC